UCUCACAUUUCCCUUCCUAAGCUUGUCACUCACACCCCAGCAAAGUAUUUAAAAAGUGUUUUCUGGGCUUCAGCACUUCACAGCAAGGAAGCUUCGGGCUUCAAACGCAACAGAUGUGAAGUUUCUCCUGUGGAAGCUAUGGAGAAUUCUGCAGGGUUCCCCCUCACUGGCAAAGCCACGGCGGCAAGCUGGAGAGCUGUCUAGCUGCAGAGGACCGGUUUCUUUUCCUGGGCAAAAAGUUAGACCAUCGGGCUCCCUUUGCAAGUGCGUUUGAAGAGCAUCUUCAGAAACAAGGCACUCCUAGAUGGAGCCACCUGCUGCCAGUAGCUGUAUGAGAAACUCUCACCCUACCAAUGCGCUCUGGGGUUGCCUGCGAAACCAGCAUGCCGAGGCUGGAGGGACCACCGGGCCACACCAUUACCCACAAGCCCCCUUUUCGUUCCACCACAAACCGGACUUUGGCAUCUACUCGGACUUCUCCAACUCCUGCCUGGCUGCAGCCCCCCAGAGCCUUCCCCGCGACGAGCGAGCUUUCGACGAGCAUCACUCUUCCUUCCAGCACCCAGCGUGGCAUUUUGCAGCCGCAGAGGGUAGGCGACGUCUGGCGGCCGAGCUGGCUUUGGUCUCCGGAGAGCCAGAGGGCAGCGGCCCAAAUGUGGUGGAUGCCGCCAUUGGCACGAGCGAAGACUACGUCCUGGCAGGGAACGUGGUGAGCGAAACGGAAAAGAAGACUUCCAGAAGGAAAAAAGGGAGUGCAGAAAGCCAGGACACAGGUGGCGGGGGCAGCAGCAGCACAAAAGCAGAAGUCAGCAGCUCCAAAGCAAGGAAGGAACGCACCGCUUUCACCAAGGACCAGUUGCGGGAGCUGGAGGCGGAAUUUGCACACCACAACUACCUGACGAGGCUCCGGAGAUACGAGAUUGCGGUGAACCUCGACUUGACGGAAAGACAGGUCAAAGUGUGGUUUCAGAACCGCAGGAUGAAAUGGAAACGUGUGAAAGGUGGGCAGCCGGUGUCACCCCAGGACCACAGCCUAGAAGACAUGGACUCAGCUGCUUCUCCAAGCUCAGAGUAGCCCUGUACACAGUGUCUCAGAAGGCCUGGACCAAUCUCUUGGCAUCAUCAUAGCCCAGAUUGUCUGCUCUCUCCUUAAGGCUUUGCAAGAGUUGGCUGAAGAAGGAGCAGUUUCGGAAGAGACUUGGCCUUGCUUUCCCAGGUAGAUCUGGGCUCUCUCCUUCCCUCUUAUCUCUGACGGAAUUGCUUUUCACAAGCCACCAACAAGGGAAAUCAAGGCAUGGAUGGCAUCCCAAUCAUUCUAACGCUGCAGACAUGACACUGUUAGAACCAUGAAGCGAACAUGUACGUUGUGUUUGCUCCCAACUUAGCAUCCCUCUCCAGGAUCACAUUCUGGAAAACAGCAACAAGCCGACGUUUCGAGUUUGCAGCAGAAGCAGGCUAGACCACCCAGGAGGUCACCGAAAAAAUCUUACAGCCGGUCUCUCAAGCUCCCCAGAAGAAAAAGUGUGCAUAUAGAAUUGCCUUAGGCAGUUUCAAAUCCCACUGCGAAGUGUUAUAGAUCGCCCCAGUACUAUAUUAUCUUCCGCCAUUAAAAGAAAUAAAAUGAUCAGUCCUUGCCAAGGGCUGGACAAGAAUCUGCACUCCCAGAA